CGUAAUCAAGCAUGAAUGCCUUUGAAUUCGUAUUCGCUAUUAGUCGGCAGAACACUACGACCCUAUUCAAUAUUGAACACAGCACCCGAAUUAGGGAGGGAGAUUCUUUCUUUUUUUUCUCUCUCUCUCUCUCUGUCUCCCUGUCUUUUUCAUGUUUUCUAUUUUCUUCUGCAAUUUUAUAUUUUAUUUAUUGAAUGAAUGUUCAGAUAACAUCGAAUUGUUAAUAUUUUUAUGACAAUAUGCUCCAAGUGAUUUGAAUGGUGGCACUCGUCGGUGAAUCUCUCUGGCUAUAAAACGAAAUGUUACGAAUUAGCCUACAGAAUACGGAUAUAGAAACGAAGCUAAGUGGUUCUAUUUUGCUGGAAAUCGGUAGGAACACUUGCGAAGUAAGUAGGGUCAACGUUCGAAUUUUUGGCAUUAUGAAAUGGAAGGGUUCGAAGAAGAUUUAUGACCGGCCGAUAAUAAGUCAUACUUUCCCGAUUCUGUCUGCCUGCAAAUUAACACAUGGACGUUAUCGAUUGCCAUUCAAUUAUGAUCAUUUGGGUAAAGUUCCACCGACUUUAAAGCCUGUCUAUAUGGAUAAAGGUUGGUUGUCCAUUCUAUACAAAGUGGAGGUCUCCUGCUUUAUAAAUGGAUACCACAGUAAAUGCGAAUUACCGUUUAGGAUAUUACCAAAAGCUGUUCCGGUUCCAGCCUACGGCUAUAAACAGCUGAACGAAGUCAAAAGUUUAGUUCAUCGUGGUGACGUUCAUACCGUUGAGUUGCAAUUAUCUAGAACCUAUUACUGCAUUGGCGAUACUUUAAAUACUCGAAUUAGUCUCAACACUCACAGUAGUAUAAAAAAAAUAACUGCAAAGUUAGUACAAAGGAUCUCAACCGUUCUCUGUUCUGACGAAAGAAUAAUUUCAAUAGCUGAAAUGAAGCCAGAAAAAGCCAAUAAUUGUUCUACAGAAUUUUCGAUACCUAUCAUCAAUCUUUCUUCUACAAUUUCAAGUAAUCAGCUAGAAAUUAGCUACAAACUGUUACUAACAGCUUGUACAUCCUCGGGUGAUAUCUUAACAAAGGUGCCUAUAACUAUAACUAGUAAACAGUCGUUAGACGAUACAGCUAUGUAUGCUCCAACCGUCGGAAGUAGCGCAAAAGUUCCAUUUCUAAUAUCAUUUUCGGAUGACAAGAUCAAGAUACCAAAGUGUUUUUGUUGUUUACAAAAGAACUAUUCUGAGGAAUACGCAAUGGCCGAUUCCACUGAAUGCUAAUGAAUGAUAUAAAAAAAAAAUAAUUGGUUUUAUUAACAACAUGACAAAUAAUUUCGCUAUACAAGAAAUUUAAAUAUCUAUAAAAAUAAAUGAAAGAAAAGAAAGAAAAGAAAGAAAAGAGAAAAAUAAAUAAAUAUAUAUUUAUAUCUUCUAAUAAUCAAUGCCAUAGACUUUUUUUUUCCCUUUCAAGAUAUUAAAUACGACUAUUUUCUUCUUCUUCCUCCUAUAGGUGUUUUUUUUUUUAAUAAGAAUUUUCUCUUUUUCAUUAAUCAUUAGUCUAAGUCAAAAAAAAUCGUAAAAUGAUAUCGUCUAUCGCAUGUAUUAAAAACCUAUUUUGCUUUCUUAAAGUAGGUGGUAGGCUGAUGCAUUUACUACUUAAAUAAUAUUUAGAGAAAAUCAAAUAUUGACAUACGUAGGAGACAAGAAAAACUAGGGUAAUUAAGAGAUUUUUAGUAAUCAAUAGCCACUCUCUGUCAAAAUGUCUCGGUUUUUUUUCUAUUUCUCUCUCUCUUUUCUUUGUCCAUACUCUUUUUCUCUCGUACUCUUUCAGAACGUUUUACUAUAUCGUAUCGCUAUGUUUUCUUUUUUACUCUAUUUCCGUAAGCUUUCAGUCAGACUUCUCAUUUUAUUUUUUAUUUAAUAUUUUUGAAAAGAUAGAGUUUGAAUAAAUGAUAAUUUGUACGAGGAGAACGUUUGCUAUACUUUUAUAUACACCUGGUAUAAUAAAUAUAAUAGUUGAUAAAUAACACAGAAAUUAAACAAGUUUAAAUGUUUAUGGUAAGCUAUUCAUUCGC